UGGGGUCGAUAAAAAGUGACAGGACAAGUGGAAGUGGGGACAAUGCAGAGUCACGGGACAAGCUAAGCCGGCUCACCAAGACGCAUGCAGGUAGGCGAAGAAGUGAGCCGAUAAAUAUCCGGAAAGGGUGAGCUGAGCAAGCAAGCGGAGAACAAAAAAUAGGUGAGACAAGCUAACUAAAAAAAAAAAAAGGGUGAGCUGAGCAGGCGGGUGAGCCAUAGGUAAGCAAGCUGGGGCUAUGAUCUAAUUUUCAUUCAUUUAUUGACGUGUAGAAACUUCGUCUUAGACUUAGUAGUGGACAAAUGAGUAAGAAUAGUUUUCAUUUUUACGUCUUUCAUCAUUUAUUUUGAAAUAAUUAUGAAAAGAAAUUUAA